GAAAACACUUCUCCCUGUCACUGAAGAGAAAAAAAAAAAAAAAGCAAGCGGCUGUUGUGAGUGCCGGGGGGUGGGGAGGAGCUGGUAAUAACUCUUGCAGUCAUCCACACCCUCGCCAGUUGGUGGUUACCAAGAUCCCAGACACUUCCUAAUGCCAGACAAAUGCCCCAAGCCUCGGCAUGUCUGGCUUGGAGAUCUAUUCAACUGAUAGCCCCCGCCUUUCCUAGGGAGAGCCCCACUACCCGGCUAAUCAAACAAAACAUUGUUCUCAGAAGGCAGAACGAAAGGCUUGUCUCUGGGCCACGACGGCGACGACGACGUUUGGGGUUUAUUUAAUAUCUAUAUGCUCCCAACUAAAAGGUUGCUACAAAACUUGGGCUUCCUGAGACGAGGUUGUUUUGCACAGAGCGUGCACUGUAUAAAAAUUCCGGGAGGGGAGGAAUCAGAAAGUUAGGAACCAUUAAAAAAAAAAAAAAAAAAGCCCCAGGCACUUGAUGCCUGGAAAUGAUGUAAGACGCAGCCACUCCUCUGUUAGACCUACAACCCAACCAAACGGCGCUCACAUCCACCGCAGCCGCUCUCCAAAUGUCAGCACCAGCGCUGGGCAAAGCUUGAAACCCACCAGGCUUCAGGAAGGUUUGCCAUCCACAUUUUUCCCCCGAGCACUUUCAGGAACCUGGCAACAGGUAACGUGGCAACCUUUGACUUCUAAAACGGCGAGUGGGAUAAUUUCAGGGAGCAAAUGGAUUGUUUCCCAGCCAGCUGCAUCUCUCCUACCGCCCCCGCACCCGACUUCCUCCCUCCCCAAUCCAAAGUCUGGGAAAACAAACUCAGGGCUGCGGGCUACCCUGCUCUUGGGCGUCCCCUGGUGGCCGAGACCGGAACGACACGCACGUGCUCGGAGCUCCGCGGCAAUUCCUGCUGGAUUACUGAAGAUUUCCACACUGCCAGACCAGCUUCCCAGACAGCAGCCUCCAAGCUCCAGCUACACCCAGGAAAAUGCCAGUGGCAGUGUUUUUAGGCCGUCUGAUCCGCGCAGACACUGCCCCACCCCUUCUGCUGGGCAGGAAUGGAGACCCACCGUUGUGGGCUGCUGUUAGCCCCAGGACCUGGUACUUCUUGGUUCUGCAUCUGGAAAUGGUACCCGGAAACUGAGAGGUUCAGAUCAAAGUAAUCGUUCUUUUUCAGAAACUUCCAUUAAUUAACUAAAUUAGAGGACACUGAAUGAUGCUGGGGGUGGAGGUGUUUCUGUAGAAGGCUCAGGUCCAGGGGUUAUGGUCUGAGCCCUGUAAUACAGACUUUUAAUGAAGUUUGACAGUCAAUUAAAUAACACUAGAAGCUGAAAAGUUACCAUAUGUGAAAACAGCCCAUGCCUGUAAACCAUAGACAUUGGAAUAGUAUUUGCCCAGACCAUUUAAGGUCAAAGAUUAAAGCUUGGGAGUCUGAGUAAGCAUAGUUUGGCCCCUGGCUAAUGUGAAUGGCAGCCUGUUGAGAGGCCAGGGCACCUGUGUUGAAAUCUGGAUAUUUCAAUCUUCAGGCUUACUAAUUUCCAAGGCGGGAGUGUUGUUCUCAGUUGGGAAUUUGAUCUGGACUUCACACUUGAUUUUCCCAGCUUUGCUAACAGGUGCUGUUGAGUCAUCCGGGCACACAGAUGACUGCCCUGGACGUUUCAUCACGGCGAAGAUUUCAUUUCCAUUUGCCCCAUGACUUUGUGGAGUGAUUUCUACCAUUGACCCAGAUCACUUCCUCUUAGACUUAGGGGAUUGUUUUUUGUUUUUUUUUUUUCCUUCUUCAGCAUUUGUAAUCAUGUGUGUGUGUUUUUCAAAAUAACGUCCCAGCCUGGCUCACAGGUCUUCCUGAGUUGAAUGGACUGUUUACAGAAAGGGAAGAUUCAGGGCCCAAGGUCAGGGUUACAGAAUUAUAUAAGGUUUCCUGUUUGGGCAGCUGGUCUACCAACCCUUCAGUUAGGCCGGACUGAGUUUUGAUGAAAGACGGCAUGCCAGCUGGGUGUGGUGGCAUACACCUGUGACUUAGCACGCGGGAAUAUCAGAAGUCCAAAGUCAGGCCACCCAAAGCUGUGUAUAAAAACUCAGAACUACUAGGAGACGAGUGUGGAAAUGAUGCCAGGAACAAGAAAAGUGAUGUCUUUGACAUUCUUAUCAGCCAGCCAGCUUUCAUUUGUCUUCAGAUGCUGAUUCUCGGCCAUUUGGCUGGCUCUAUAUUCUAUCCACUUUUUCUUUUUUCCUGGCCAGAUUGAGAGAAGGACAUUCACUAAGGAGGUAGGGAGCACACAGCCAGGUAUUCUUAUCUGUCUCACCCACGGAUGACACCGCAGUUCUUAGAACAGGUAUGUCACAGUCAUGCCAUAGUAAAUAUUUGUCACAUGAAAGGAUGACUGAGAACAGGAAGACACUUCCUGGAGAAAAAGGAAACGGGACUGUGACAGCAAAGUCAUUCUGUGUGGCCUUGGGCCUCCCAGUCCAGCCCUCUCUGGAGCUUCAAGGUCGGCACCUAUGGGUUCCACGCACCCUGAAUGGAAAGCAUCUGCAAGUGCGAACUGAGCCUGCACCGAACACGCACAGACAUUUAUUUGUUAUUCUCUAUGUAUAGUAUAACAACGGUUUGCUUGGUGUACGUCCACACAAUCCUAGCAUGCAGGAGGCUGAGGCAGGGGGAUUGCAAAUGGAAAGCCAGCCUGGGCUACAAGUUGAAUACUUG